AUGCCUUCCAACUCCAAUACUAGCACUGCUUAUCCACCUGAAACUUGUGAUACUCGCCUUUAUUUGAAAGAGCAUCCAUUCUUAGCGGCACUUCUCCCGAAAACAGGAGUUCUAUUCGAAUGUGAUGGUGAUGCACCCUCACCAUCGAAAGAUUACGGUCAAUUGCAAAUCAGUAUAGAUAAAAUUAUUCUUCGUUGGUGGAAAAUAACUCUUCGUAACAUUGAAGGUGCGAUUUAUCCGGGUGAAAUAAAAACUUCUUUUGAAGAUUUCUAUCACGAUGAACUUGCUCAACGAGAAAUAAGUCGAAUCUUCGGUCAGAAAACGCUCGAGUAUUGUUUAAAUCUCGUCUGUGGUCGAUUUGAUUGGCUCUCACGUUUACCAUUGGCUGUUCAAAUAAAAAUCUUUUCGUACCUUAAUCUCGACGAUAUUCCUCAAGUAUCUUUGGUAUCGAAAUUAUUUCGGACGAUUUGUCGACACAAUGAUCUUUGGAAGAUCUUCUACAUUCAUCAACAUGGUCGACAAACGUUAGAAAAUAAGAAUUUAUUACAAUUAGCUGAUAAACGCGGCUGGCGUCAUGUGUUCUUUACAAAUCGUUUGAAACUACAAAUUGAAUUGCGUCGAGAAGCUCAACUAGAACGGUAUCAUCCUGAAGAUCCAUCUGAUUUAGUCAAAGCUCGUGAACGACGAAAACAGCUACAGCCAAGUCCACCUGUGACACCUCGAGAGCAAACCAUCGUGCGACGACAUUCGUCACGAAAGGAACCCUUACCACUUCGAAUAGGAUCCGCACGAGCCGAUGUCGAUAGUCGAACUAGCUCACAGACAGAACAUUGA